GUUAUUGUACAUUGUGUCAGAAGUUAAGGACACGUUGAAAUUUAGCACUUGCACAAAUUCCCACAUCACAGGGUUUGGUUCUACACGCGCGGAGCACUGUUCGGGAACUUUUGAAAGCAGCGUGUUUUAAAAAAGUUAUUUUGUAUUGAAGUUUAAGACACCAAUAGACAAUGAAAAUGAUGAAAAUGAGCCAUCUGUUUCUCCUUGAUUUUGUCGUCGUACUUUUAGUUUUAAUUGCAUCAGCAUCGGCGGAUGCAGAGCAUGCAGAGGAGGAUGUUGUACCUCCAAAAGAAAUCAUACCACACCCAGACCUUCCCGAUUUCCAGGAGGGUGUUACAGUCAGAGUCUUGGACCGGUUGGAAUCCUGUGCAAGAGUGGCUGCCUCGGGCAACUGGCUGGAGCUGCAAUUUGUGGCCAAGCAGAUGAAUGAUGACGGAGAGAAUUAUGAGGAAUUUGACUCCACCGAAUCAAGAGGGAGACCUUUAUAUAUAGCAGUUGACGACAAGGAGAAGCUGCCUGGUCUGACUGAGGGCUUAAGAGAUGUCUGCGUAGGCGAGAAACGAGAGAUCACUAUUCAGGCUGGUUCACCCUUGAUGCAAGUAGACCCAAGGUCUGCAGGUCUUAACCAACCCCAGACAGAUAGACCAGCAGUGUAUGAAGUCAUGGUUCGAUCCAUUCUGGACCAGCAGCCAGUCAACAUGUUUGCCAAGAUAGACUUGGAUAGUAACAACGAAUUAUCCAGAGAGGAGAUCCAGGAGUACUUUGGGAAGGAACAUGAUAUUGAUACACUAUUCCAUUACCAGGACAAAGACCAAGAUGACACCAUAACAUACCAGGAAUUCCAAGGGCCUAAAUAUAAUCAUGAUGAAUUUUGAUUGUUUGUUUUUUUCCUUCUUUUUUUGCCCCGCUUCAACUUCUUUCAAUUUUUCUAUUUCCCUUCUCUUCUCCUCCUGUUCUUAACUCUGACUCUAUCUUAUAUUUUUCACAUGGGUGCCAAUUGUCAUUUGUCUUCUGUUUCUUUUGCAAUAUCAAUUUUCUUCAACCCAUUCUUUUGUAAUUUGUACCAAUGCUUGCAACUCAUCUAAUCAAUCUAUCACUCACCUGUACACUAUGCCCUGUCAUUCAUCCAUCAAUCAAAUCAUUCUGCCCAUGCAUGCAUUCUUUGGCAUCAGUUGAAGACUUACUUUAGAGAGCAUGGUUUAGAGGGAAUGACAGAUGAUGACACCUUGGACAUAGUCGUCGAGGGUCUCAUUAGGUCCAAUGACAUGGACAACAAUGACCAUCUUUCAGAUGCUGAAUUCCCCCAUCCCUAUGA